AUGAGUGAUGCCAUCGCAAAAGAUGCAGUAAAUACAUCUUCCGAAAAGGAGCCAGUUUCAGCCACUCCGGAGCUCAAAACCAGCGGCAGCCCUGAUGCCGCGGUCUCAUCGGGUGACAAAAAGAAGAAGAAGAAGAAGAAGAAGACCAACAACAUCAAGAACAUAGCAUUACUGUACCCCGACGAGAAAUAUCCUGAGGGAGAAUGGAUGGAUUACCACCAAGACUUCAACCUCCAGCGUACCACAGAUGAGGAAAAGCGUUACCUCACCAGAGACGCGGAGAACCAGCAGAGGUGGAACGACAUGCGCAAGGGUGCUGAGAUUCACCGCCGCGUUAGAAAGAACCUGCAGAACAAAUUGAAGCCCGACAUGACACUGACCGAGGUGGUCAACAUUGUGGAAAACGCUACCCGUAAGUUCACGGGUGUGGACGAGAACGGCGACCACGUUGACCGGCCCAAGUCGCAGGGUGUGGGCUUUCCUACCGGUGUGUCUCUCAACCACUGCGCUGCGCAUUUUACGCCGAAUGCAGGCGACCAGACCGUGCUCAGAUACGAGGACGUGAUGAAGGUUGACAUCGGUGUCCAGGUCAACGGCUACAUCGUGGACUCUGCGUGGACCGUAGCAUUCGACCCCAAAUACGACAACUUGCUGCAGGCAGUACGCGAGGCCACCAACACCGGUGUGCGCGAGGCGGGCAUCGAUGUCCGGCUCACAGACAUCGGUGAGGCCAUCCAGGAAGUGAUGGAGUCGUACGAGGUCGAGCUCAACGGCAAGACCCACCAGGUGAAGCCUUGCCGCAACCUCUGUGGGCACAACAUCGCACCCUACCGUAUCCACGGCGGUAAGAGUGUACCCAUCGUGAAGAACGGCGACCAGACGAAGAUGGAAGAGGGCGAGCACUUCGCCAUCGAAACCUUCGGGAGUACAGGCCGCGGUUUUGUUGUGCCUGGCGGCGAAGUCUCGCACUACGCCAAGAGCGCCGAGGCCGACGGCCUCCCCGCGCCCUCGCUGUCCCGUGCCAAGUCGCUGCUCAAGACCAUCGACGAGAAUUUCGGGACCCUACCCUUCUGCCGGCGUUACCUUGACCGUCUCGGCGAGGACAAGUACCUGUUCGCCCUCAACAGUCUUGUGAAGCACGGAAUUGUGCAGGACUACCCCCCACUGAACGACGUGCAGGGCUCUUAUACGGCCCAGUUCGAGCACACUAUUUUGCUGCAUCCUCACAGAAAAGAGGUCGUUUCGAGGGGAGAAGACUACUGA